AUGGACCCGCCAUUGGAGAGUACCCCACUAACGGUAUGGAGAGGCCCAACCCGUGACACGCUUGCUGCGAGGAUCUCGCAGUUUCUUCUGUCCGACACGAACAGAGAAUUGUACUAUAUUGACGUGACGGACUCGUUCCCGUUGCAGCAGUUCCAAGAGCGCGCGCCCCUAAACUCCCACCGCGCGGUGUACGACCACAUCAAGAUCAUUGCGUGUCUUGAGUUACGUGAGCUUUUGCAAAGUGUACUAAAGAUAACGCGCGCCAGCGACCAGUCUACUUUAGUCAUGAUCAAUUCCAUCGAUACGAUGUUUGCUAACGCGCAGUACCGAGACAGCCAAACUUGCUACGACGUGCUGAACGAGGUUCUACUGGAGCUGCGGUGGGCAAGCAGCCCGCAGUUCACCACGGUGCUCGUGUUCCCCCGGAACCGUGAACAGCAGCCACUGAAGCGACGCAAGACCGCUGCUGAGUCCCUCGAUGAGUUCAUCGGGAACUACUACGCGGAAAGAUCGGAACAAAUGUGA